GUAAUGAACAGCCUCACGAUCUCCCCCUCGAAGCGAUGCUCCAAAACCUCACGGGAUAUGUCGCAAAGGACGAAGAAUAUCCUGUUGCUCGUGGCGGGUUUGGGGAGAUCUGGAAAUGCACCUGCCACAUGAAUCGUAGAUUAAUCAAAGUCGCAGUGAAGGCAUUACAAGUGUACGCCGUCGAUCAACUUGGUGCCGCAAAGACGAAGAAGAUCAGGAGGAUAAUGCGCGAACUCAGAAUAUGCGCUAACCUCAACCAUCCAAAUAUUCUACCUGUUUAUGGUUAUACGUAUGGGUUUGGCCCAUUUAUAGCGAUAGUCAGUCCUUGGGCGGAGAAUGGCAACCUAUCAGACUAUCUGCAGAUCGAGGGCGCGGCUCUUACUCUCGUUAGAAGAUUCCAGAUCCUCAGAGAUAUUAUAGCUGGUCUGCAAUAUCUUCAUGCAAACAGUGUCGUCCAUGGCGACUUUACUGGGCCUAACGUGCUGAUUAAUGGUGAUGGCACUGCGUGUGUAGCUGACUUUGGUCUUUCCUUGAUGUAUUCCGAAGUUAUAAGUGCUUCUCAGGCUUCUUGGACGUCCACGCUGAAAGGAAACAUGCGAUGGAUGGCUCCUGAGCUGCUCGAAGAGCAGGAGGAUGGAUCUCAAGUCCGGCCAAGCGAGCAGAGCGACAUGUAUUCAUUUGGCGGUAUCAUGCUGCAGGUCCUCACCAACAAAGCACCCUAUUAUCACCUUACGAAUGACGCUGCCAUCAUUCUCUGCAUAGCCAAGUCGCAAACGCCUUCCCGAUCUCGUUAUCCCGAGCUCCCUGAACGAUACUGGCAGUUCAUUGAGAAAUGCUGGUCUACCGAUCCUCGGGACCGCCCAUCGACGGAGGGAGCUGAUGUGAUGAUCAGGAAUGAAUAUUACUCGCUGUCGAGAUCUCGUUGAUUCUUUAAUUCCAUUCAACAGUCUGUUUGCAGUACAACUAACGAAACGAGGCAGAGUAACAUGGUACUAUUACCUGU